GUCUGAUGGAAAAAAGCAGCAGCUGGGAAGGUGGUGUUUCAGGCUCUUGCUGUUUAAAAAAAAGAGAGAGAGCGAGAGGGAGAAAACUCCACUAAGUCCACAGGCUGGCAUUGGAGGGGGAGACGGCGGUCAUGUGGUUCUGGCCAUCCUACCCUCUGUCACAGUGUGGAUGAGAGCUUUUUGCUCUUAUCCAAUCAUGCCUGGAAUGCUGCUUGCCACUUGGGUUAUUUCUGCUAUCUGUCGCUCUUGGUGCCGCAGUGCUAAAGGUUUGGCAGGUGGGACGCUUUUUCUUGGAGUUUGUGUCUUCGGUUUUUGACUUCUGGCAGUGCCGGGCGUGUUGCGGCCGCUCGUCCUCUCCCUCCCUGCCCCCCUGGGCACCAUGGCCCAUCGGCUUCGGUUUCAUUUUGGCUCCAGUCGCAGCAACACAGCCCCUGAAUCAGAGAUCCUCGACCAGGAGAGAGAAGACGACUUUUUCAUGACAUUCCACACCCUGCCGCGGAGGAGCGGCCCUCACCCCUGCGCCCACCGCGCGGAGGACGGAGGCCUGCAGGAAGCGGUGGGCGCGCUCAAGCGCAGCACGUCCAUGUUCAUCCCGCAGCUCCUGAGCCCCAUGGACGCGCGGCCCACGCGCAGCUCGUCCAUGCAGAUCUCGCUGCAGCGCAAAGCGGCCGACGGGGCCCCGGACACGUGCGGGCCACCCGAGGGUCUAGACUGCGACGCAGGGUCGGUGUCUCUGGGCCGCUGUACGGAGCCCCCCAAGUCCCAGACCCCGGAGAACUCUCCACCCAGGGCCACCAGGGGUGUAGGCCCCCAAGUGAACGGCAUGUGUGGCCACCUAGCACGGAGUCCUGUCCCUGCGGAUGGCCGUGAGGAGGGCGAGCCUCGGGGACCCAAGGGUGGCGGGCUCCGGAUCCAGCACCGAGCCUCCAGCGCCGACAUGCGCCAGGUGAGGCUGACGCAGCCCUUCGGGGCCGAUGGACUGUGCGGCUCUUCAACUCCGGAGCCCAGGCGCUGGUCCCUGCAGCACGUACCAGAUGCUUCUGGAAGUUCUGGGAAGCGGUGCUUUGUCUUCCAGCUGCAGCAGCCGCCUCCAGGCGCACCUGGUAUGGGUGGUGACUUCAACUUUGGGUUCACGGGCACGAAGGGGGACAGGUUGGUGCGGUACCCCCGUAUCCGGCUUGAGAGGAGCACCUCGUACCCCACACAGCCCCGAGCAGAGCACAACAGCUCCAUGGAAGAUCGGGGCCACUUGGGACACCCGGAGACGCCGCCUCGGGGCCGCAGGAUGGCUCCCGAAGUCCACAGGACGAAUUCCGUGGAAAGGACGCCACAGGGUCAGGGCUGCACGUUUAAGAUCAGGCAAGACCAAAAUGCAGGGCAGCAGCAUUUCAGAAUUCUUGUGACUCGCGGACCCGAGGAAUCUCAUGAGGAUCCCAAGGAGAGUACAGACACCAGCUCUGGCUCCACCUUGGCUGGAGCACCGACACGAGACGACUUCCUGGGACAGGUGGACGUGCCCCUUAAUCAUCUCCCGACAGAAGACCCAACCAUGGAGCGACCCUACACGUUUAAGGACUUUCUCCUCAGACCAAGAAGUCAUAAAUCUCGAGUUAAGGGAUUCUUGAGAUUGAAAAUGGCCUAUAUGCCAAAAAAUGGAGGCCAAGAUGAAGAAAACAGUGAGCAGAGGGAAGACAUGGAGCACGGGUGGGAAGUCGUGGACUCAAAUGACUCCGCUUCUCAGCACCAGGAGGAGCUUCCUCCUCCUCUGCCCCCUGGCUGGGAAGAGAAAGUGGACAAUUUAGGUCGGACCUACUACGUCAACCACAACAACCGAUCCACUCAGUGGCACCGACCGACACUGAUGGAUGUGUCCUCCGAGGCGGACAGCAACAUCCGGCAGAUCAACCAGGAGGCGGCCCACCGGCGCUUCCGCUCCCGCCGGCACAUCAGCGAGGACCUGGAGCCCGAGCCCUCCGAGGGCGGAGAGGGCCCCGAGCCUUGGGAGACCAUUUCAGAAGAAGCAGCUAUCACUGGAGACUCCUCCCUCAGUCUGCCGCUGCCCCCACCACCUUCCUCCCCAUCCUCUCGGACCAGCCCUCAAGAGCUGUCUGAAGAACUAAACAGAAGGCUUCAGUUCACUACGGACUCCAAUGGGGAGCAGUUUGGUUCUUUGAUUAGGGAGCCCUCCUCGAGGUUGAGGUCGUGCAGUGUCACCGAUGCGGUCGCGGAGCAGGCUCACCUACCACCGCCCAGUGCCCCAACUAGGAGAGCGCGUUCAUCAACUGUCACAGGUGGUGAGGAGCCAACGCCAUCAGUGGCCUACGUGCACACCACGCCGGGCCUACCUUCAGGCUGGGAAGAAAGGAAGGAUGCUAAGGGACGCACAUACUAUGUCAAUCAUAACAAUCGAACCACCACUUGGACUCGGCCUAUCAUGCAGCUUGCAGAAGAUGGUGCAUCUGGAUCUGCCACAAACAGUAACAACCAUCUAAUCGAGCCUCAGAUCCGCCGGCCUCGUAGCCUCAGUUCGCCAACAGUAACUUUAUCUGCCCCACUGGAGGGUGCCAAGGAUUCACCCAUACGUCGGGCUGUGAAAGAUACCCUUUCCAAUCCACAGUCCCCACAGCCAUCACCUUACAACUCCCCCAAACCACAACACAAAGUCACACAGAGCUUCCUGCCACCGGGCUGGGAAAUGAGGAUCGCGCCGAACGGCCGGCCCUUCUUCAUUGACCAUAACACAAAGACUACAACAUGGGAAGAUCCACGCCUGAAAUUUCCAGUACAUUUGCGAUCGAAGGCACCUUUAAACCCCAAUGACCUUGGCCCUCUGCCUCCCGGGUGGGAAGAAAGAAUCCACUUGGAUGGCCGAACAUUUUAUAUCGAUCAUAAUAGCAAAAUAACUCAGUGGGAAGACCCAAGACUGCAGAAUCCAGCUAUUACUGGCCCGGCGGUUCCUUACUCCAGAGAAUUUAAGCAGAAAUAUGACUACUUUAGGAAGAAAUUAAAGAAACCUGCUGAUAUUCCAAAUAGGUUUGAAAUGAAACUUCACAGAAAUAACAUUUUUGAAGAGUCCUAUCGGAGGAUCAUGUCUGUGAAAAGACCAGAUGUCCUAAAAGCUAGACUGUGGAUUGAAUUUGAAUCAGAGAAAGGUCUCGACUAUGGGGGUGUGGCCAGAGAAUGGUUCUUCUUACUGUCCAAAGAGAUGUUCAACCCCUACUAUGGUCUCUUCGAAUACUCCGCAACGGACAACUACACACUUCAGAUCAACCCCAAUUCAGGCCUCUGUAAUGAAGACCAUUUGUCCUAUUUCACUUUUAUUGGAAGAGUGGCUGGUCUGGCAGUAUUUCAUGGGAAACUUUUAGAUGGUUUCUUCAUUAGACCGUUUUACAAAAUGAUGCUGGGAAAGCAGAUAACUCUGAAUGACAUGGAAUCUGUGGACAGUGAAUACUACAACUCUUUGAAAUGGAUCCUAGAGAAUGAUCCCACUGAACUGGACCUCAUGUUCUGUAUCGAUGAAGAAAACUUUGGGCAGACAUAUCAAGUGGAUCUGAAGCCCAAUGGGUCUGAAAUAAUGGUUACAAAUGAAAACAAAAGGGAAUAUAUUGACUUAGUCAUCCAGUGGAGGUUUGUGAACAGGGUCCAGAAGCAAAUGAACGCCUUCUUGGAGGGAUUCACAGAACUGCUUCCUAUCGAUUUGAUUAAAAUUUUUGAUGAAAAUGAGCUGGAGUUGCUGAUGUGUGGCCUCGGCGAUGUGGACGUGAAUGACUGGAGACAACAUACUAUCUACAAGAACGGCUACUGCCCAAACCACCCUGUCAUUCAGUGGUUCUGGAAGGCUGUGCUGCUGAUGGACGCUGAGAAGCGUAUCCGGUUGCUGCAGUUUGUCACGGGGACGUCCCGAGUACCUAUGAAUGGAUUUGCUGAACUUUAUGGUUCCAAUGGUCCUCAACUGUUUACAAUAGAGCAAUGGGGGAGUCCUGACAAACUGCCCAGAGCUCACACAUGCUUUAACCGCCUUGACUUACCUCCAUAUGAAACCUUCGAAGAUUUACGAGAGAAACUUCUCAUGGCUGUGGAAAACGCUCAAGGAUUUGAGGGAGUGGAUUAAGCGCCCCUGCCUUGGGUGGUGGUUCAUCCAGCAAGUCCUGCUUGCACUUUUGCGUUUGCCUAACGGACUUUGCAGAGACGAUGGCAGGGAGCAUUGCACAGCAUGGCUCCUGGAGCAGAGCCUUCGCCGGUGACUUGCCCAAGUCCAGACGUGGGAACCCAGUCCCAGGUCCCGUUUCUGCAUUUUCCACCGUGAAUUAUCAUCUGGUUGAUGUGUACACUAAUUACAUUUCAGGAGGACUUAAUUCUAUUUAUGUUGUGCCUCUAUAGGCAAAGCCCUUAAUAAAUAUUUUGCAUACUUUAUAAUGACAAUGAAUGGAAUUAAUCACUCUACAGGUAUAGUAUUACAACUCAUGUUUACUUUUUGAAAAUGAUUUAGACCGAUUUUCCGAUUUCAUUUCAUUACAAUUAAAGAUGUCUCAUGUACUUGGAAAA